AUGCAGGUUCCUUUUGUGGAAUUCGUAUGUGGGGAUUUGGAUCCUAGUCCAUGGCACGAUGGAGUUGUUGGUGUUUGCUGGUUUGAAGUAUACGUUUAUAUCCCUUUGACUUUAUUGUGUACAAUCAUCUCAUUCAUUUAUUGCGUUAUCCUGUGGCGGCACUUAGCAUUUGACAGUUUUUAUUGUUCAGUCUUCUAUUUUCGAGUGGCCAUAGAUAUAACAAUCGUUACCAGCAAUGGUGUGAUUAUCGUUCUUGGGUUUCUUCUUCCAUACUACGAGGAGGGGUUUUCUAUUAACUCUCGUUUUUUUGCAAUUCACAGUUUCAUAACAGUAAUACUCUGGAUUACAACACUAAUCCUUGAUUAUCUCCAUGGUAAAGCCCUCAAAUAUUCUUCAAGGGGUUCUCGGAUUCAUCUUUCGUUUUCAAUAAUAUACUUCUUUUGCCUAGCUAUAAACUGUUGGUCUUUUCGUAGAGAAGUGGAUGUGCUAUGGAGACCAUAUGUUAUUGUUAAUUGCUAUAUUCAAUUACUCCUGUUAUGUCUGCAUUUACUUUCCAAGGUCCCAGUGUUCUACCCCUCGGAAGAGCCUAGGCGCAGAAGGGCUAGGAUCUUAAGACAAAAUUCCAAUAGCAUCCAGUUGUCUACAAGUUAUCAGUCAAAUGAAAUUACACAGAGACCCACUUCGCAAAAUGUUAAUGACCGUGAAGAUUCGGCUUCAUGGUUUUCAAAGUUAUGUUUCUGUUGGGUUAAUAAUCUAGUGCGUAGUGGUUAUUACGGAGAAUUGUAUUCACUCACAAAUCUACCUUUGGUCCCUAAACGUCUGAAUACAUACACUUUGGAGUCAAAAGUCCCUAAAUUAAAGUUGAAAUCUGUAACUAUUGAUGAAACGAUUAGACAAAGUCAUGAUAUUUCUAACAAAGGGUGUUCUAUCAAAGCUUGUGUUCCAUUUUUAAAAGCAAGUUAUGAAGCAUUCGGUCGUGAAUUCCUGUAUCUCGGUUUGCUCAAACUUUUACUUAGUGGCUUCGGUUUAUGUGGUCCAGUAGUUUUAAAUCAUUUCAUUCUAAACGUGACAAACUCCGAAACUCCCUCAUGGUCUUGCAUUCUUGUUGGGUUCGGACUAGUUUUUUUGUCAUUGAAGAUAGCAGUUUUGAGCACAUCUUACAAUUACAAAAUGGCAAGUUUCGGCUUCAAAGUUAGAGUCAGUGUAACUGGGAUGGUUUACAGGAAAAUUUUAUCCCUUAAAACUUCGUCACUUAAUUGUAUUGGAACAGGAUGUUUGGUUAAUUAUCUGACUUCUGAUGCUGAUAGAAUAGUCAAUUUCGCACCUAGUAUUCACGAAGUAUGGGCAAUGCCUCUGCAGUUAUCUGUCGCAGUCGGACUACUUUACCACCAACUCGGGCUUGCCUGUUUAGUAGGCAUUGGGUUUCUACUUGUGUUACUUCCUCUGAAUCGUAUUUUAGCAACAAAAAUCGGGAAAUUUAGUCGCCGUUUGAUGAUGUUUAAGGAUACACGGAUUAAGUUGAUGUCUGAAAUUCUAUCAAAUACGCUUUCAGUGAAACUAGCAUGUUGGGAGAAUUUAAUGAAAAAUCGUGUCAUGCAUUCUCGCAUUCAGGAGUUGAACGCUCUACGUGGUCAAAAGUUGCUGGACGCUUGUUGUGUAUUCUUUUGGGCUGUCUGUCCUGCAUUGUUAGCCAGUUCAACAUUCGCAACUUAUGUGGCUAUCGGUAACGAAUUAAAAGCUUCCGCGGUAUUUUCUAGUCUUGCAUUAUUUGGAAUGUUGAUUGGUCCGAUGAAUGCUUUUCCUUGGGUUAUUAAUGGUGUUAUGGAAGCAACUAUUUCCAUGCAGCGUAUUACAAAACUCUUCUAUUUAUCAUCUGGUUCAUUUUCAUUAGAAUUAACUGAUACGCCGCUCUCUGAUGUUGGAAUUCCAACAGAUAUUCCGAUUGUUUGUUCUUUUGCCGAAAAAUCUACCAUCAGCAUGCCAGUAAACAUUAUGAAUGAAUCAUUCUAUUAUACUAACUGCGAUAAUUUAGUUUUGAAAAAUAUCACUCUCCAGGUGCAGUGGGGACAAUUAAUCGGUGUAAUUGGACCAGUUGGUUCCGGGAAAUCAUCUUUACUUCUAAGUAUAUUGGGUGAACUACAAUCGGUUGUUUCAGAAGACGAACUUAGAAAUGAAAGUAUGAAAACGAAUCCACGACUUCGAUAUGCUUAUGUGGGACAAACUCCUUGGCUUCAUUCUGGAACUAUACGCGAAAAUAUUUUAUUUGGCUCAGAUUGUGAUUUAGCAUGGAUGAAUACUGUAAUUGAAGCGUGUGCCUUAAAAGUUGAUCUGGGUAAACUUCCGAAUGGUUUAGACACAGAUGUUGGUGAAGCUGGCGGAAACAGUCUUAGUGGAGGUCAACGGGCUCGUGUUGCUCUUGCUCGAGCUGUUUAUCAAAAGGCCGAUGUUUAUCUUUUAGAUGACCCAUUAUCUGCACUUGAUGUUGAUGUUGGUCAACAGAUUAUCACCAAUUGUUUACUUGGUCUUUUAUCAGGAAGAACUAGAAUUAUCGUCACACACCAGCUGGAUUGGUUAAUGAACACUAAAAUUGUAAAUAAACGUGCUCAAGUGGAUUUUAUUGUUGAAUUAAAAGAUGGAAUAAUUACUCGAAAAAUUCCAGGUAAUCUUUACCCUGACAAUGAUGAUAACGAUCAUAUGCAUCAACCCGUUCUUGACAUCAACAGUAGUCCUCCUUAUAAUGAACCCACAUUAUCCAGUGAUAAUCAUCAUGACAGUAGUGAAAACAAUAAUAAUUCGACGUUGGAAAAUGAUGAUGUUCCGUUAAUUACUAUUAAAGAAUACAGCAGUGUCAAUCAAUCCGAAUUCAGUCCGAAUUGUGUAAUCGAUAAUAAUAACAAUAACAAUGUGCAUAUAAAUAUGGAACAUAUGGCAGUCGGUUCCAUUAGUCCCCAUGUCUACAAAUCGUAUAUUCAUUCUGUUGGCUACUUUUUAACAUUCUCCAUUAUUUUGUCUUUAUUGUUAAUGCAAGGUACUCGAAAUGCAUCUGAUUGGUGGUUAUCAUACUGGGUACAAAAUGGGAAUUUAUCUGCAGUAGUUUCAUCAUUUCAAGACUCAUCUUACCAAAUAGAAUUAUUCCCAGAUAAUCAUACGAAAAAUAAAUAUCUUCACUCAACUCAUAAUUUAUCAUCAAUUAAUUACAAUUCAUCCAUUAAUGAAUUGCUUCAAACAAGCAUACAUUCUGCUGUAUGGUUUAGUGAGCCUAAUUCUAUCACUGGAUAUUAUUACUUAGAGAUCUAUGCAUUUGUAGUGAUAAGUAAUCUGAUUGCUACAAUAUUUCGUGCUGUUUUAUUUGCUUUCGGUGGUCUAGUCGCUGCAUCUGUUGUUCAUGAAUCUGCUUUGGACACAAUUUUGGAGGGACGACAGAAUUACUUUAAUACUACACCGCAAGGUCGUAUCCUGAAUCGUUUCUCAUCUGACGUUGGUACAGUAGAUGACGCAUUACCAUUCCAAUUAAAUAUUCUACUAGCCAGUUUAGCUGGAUUAUUGGGUGCAUUAGUUAUUGUUUGUGUAUCACUACCAACGUUAAUCUUCUUUCUGCUACCUCUUGUAUUCAUUUUUUGGUCUAUUCAAAGGCAAUAUCGUGGAGCUGCUAGAGAUCUAAAGCGAAUUUCUAGUAUUGUUCGUUCACCUGUUUAUGGUCAUUAUACCGAUACUUUAUCUGGAUUAGCAGUAAUACAUGGUUUAGGUCAAGAAAUCCGUUUUCGACAAUUAACAGCUUGUAAAUUAUCUGAUCAAAUACGUGCUGAGUUAGCUAGCUUGGCUGCUAGUUGUUGGUUAAGUAUAAGACUACAAUUAAUUGGCAGUGCUGUGAUUACUGGUGUGGUCAGUGUAUCAUUAAUUGGUCGAUUGUUUGAUUGGACACAUAUAGCUUCUAUUGGUUUGUCGGUUGUGUAUGCACUUAAUAUUUCCGGUUUAAUGACUAGUGUUGUGUAUGAUAUGACUGAAACAGAGAAAAAUCUUGUAGCUGUAGAACGUUGUCAAGAAUUAAUUGAUGAUACUCCAAUUGAACAUGAUAUUGUAUCAAUUAAACCCAUGGGGCCUCAACCUCGUUCUUCGUCACACAGUCACCUUCGUUUGCCGAAAGAGAGGAAAAGUGGUAUUGCUUAUCCUACAGGACUACUGCCUAACUGGCCAGCAUCUGGAUCCAUUUUUUUCAACAAUGUUUCGCUUACCUAUCGUCAAAACUCCGAGUCAGCUAAUGAACAAUCUGUCAAAGCUCUUGAUGAUGUCAGUUUUACUGUUAAACCCGGUGAAUGUGUAGGAAUUGUUGGCCGUACAGGAUCUGGUAAAAGUAGUCUCAUCAAAGUGUUAUUACGUCUGGUUGACCACCUCCCUGGACCGUAUACAAACCAAUAUAUAGCUAAUCAGACGGGAUUCAUAGGUGCCACCGGUCAACUCAGCCGCGUAAAUCAGUAAUUUUGGUGUAAUCUAAUAGUCAAACUGCGGUCUCCGUCAUACAAAGGAUCACUAGAAUUAUGGGAGCUAAAUUGUCUUGUAAAUUUACUAAAAUGACUAAUAUAUUCGAACUCACCAUUUGCUUAUGGAAUCGUUUUCUAAAUAUUAUGGGAAUAGAUCUCAAAACGUUGAACUACUCCCUAAUCGACUGAAUGUGUUAAGGAAUUUAUAUUAUCAUUCAUGUCUCAAAUAUUCAACUUAAAGAAUAUGAUUAAGUUAUUUAUCAUAUCAUAAAUAAAUCCAUGAUACUCCACUUCUCGUUAUAUCAAAUCCAAAAUUACUCACUGUACUAAAGUAAUGAUAAACUUGUUGAAAAUUCUAAGAAUUUCAAUAACUAUAAAAGUUAGAAUGCAGUCAAUAGUAUGUUCUGAUUGUUAAAUAGUAAACGUAUAGUCUUUCAACCAACAAUCUUUAUCUCGACAAAGAAAGUACAACUUUGUAUACUUUAAUGUGAUUCACACACUUUUUGAGAGUUACAGCAUUAGGCUAAUGAAAACGGAAUUCGAACAUUCAAGUCGGUGUUUGGAAAAAUUAGGUAGUCUGUAUACGAAACUCGAAUUUAUUUGGUCAGCUGAUUUGAUAAAUCAGCUUACAACAUAAAUGUAAGAUCAGAAUUAAUUAUAUAUAUCCUUCCUAUAUAUUACUUGUGUUAUGAUUUUCAUCCCGUGCCUGCUUAUUGUAGCGAACAAAAAUGUAGUUGGGGACAAUCGAAUGUAUUUGAAUACAAAAUUACAGGAUCUCUUAGUAAAAUUUGAGAACCAUACAGUAAACACUUCAUUUGCAAAAUGUCAAUCAAUCGUCUCAGACUUCAUGGUUCCUUCAUUUCCACAACAAUCAUUCUCUAAUCUCGUUCUCUUUACUUCGAUCUUCUUCACCUUCUGCCGCUAGGCAUUUUACUUUCGAUUGGUGACACAUACUACUUAUAUCUGUCCACAUCAGUAGCACACACCACAUUAUGAGCUCACUAACAGUCAAUAGUCCUCACAAAAUUCCCUCUCCUCUCUAAAUUACCAGUCAGAUGGCCGUGUGGCUAAGUACUGAUAUUAUGCUGCACUAUUAAAAUUCACAUGUGGUGUGUACUUGAAACACAUGACCAUGAUAUUAGAUUUACCGAAAUAACGCACUCGAGGUUGAAUGAAUUAAUGCCUUGUCUUUGUUUCUCAAAAUAUUUAUGGGUAAAAAUAGAUAAAAAGUAAGAGGUUCUACAACAAAUAAUAAUGAGUUUACGUUAAACUCACAUUCAAGGAGGAGAAAUUCAAUCAAUAUUUAUCUGUCAUUUGAAUAUACGAUAGUAUGAUAAUCGAUUCAGUAAUCUGACUAGACACACUAUAACAGAUACUAAAUAAUUAGACUACUCGAUUAAAUCACAUUUCACGACUAAACACAGAGUACCAGGGUACAGGUCAGACAAUAGUUUGCUUGAUACAAUUAAGCGCAAUCCUCAUUCAGUGAAAAUCCGAGUAGUAAACCAGAGUUUCGUUAUAAGCAUAAUGAUUUAUACAAAACAUUGUAGUGGGCCUUCUCAUCAACCUUCAUUGAUUAAUCACAGUUCACUUUCAUCUGAUGCAUCAAAUUGUUAUAACGUGAAAAAUAUUUGCUGUGGAUUAAGGGGUAGCGAAUUAUUGA